AUGGCUCAGAUCCGAAGUUUCAUUUUUCUCAUCAUUGGGUGGUGCAGCAUACUUCCCCGCCCUUCAAGUUCUGCAAUAACCUCAACGAAAACUGGUUACGACACGCUUCAUGGAACUGAUGCCAUCUGUUGGGAGUCACAAAUAAUCACCUCGGCAAACAUAGAUGACUCUACAAUUUCAUCAUCGGUGGGAAGCUCGAUUUUCAAUGUAGAAGGGCUCGUCAACAAUUCCCUUUCAGCAAGUCGGAAUGACUCGUAUGUCAUGGAUAUUCUUUCAUCUUGUCCAAACGGAACUUGGCUACAAAUAUCUGCUCCACAAGAUCUUGCGCCCCCAGCGCCUCUGACAAACGUUGAAUAUAACUAUACAGUGCAAGGGACGAUAUAUAUUGCUAGCCUUCCUGGCUUGGAGAUUGCGUCCGAUGAUCCCACAAAGGCGAAGGUGUUGAUCGAGACGAUUGCCUGCCGUGUUAGUUCUUCGUUUUGCUCGCCCUUUGUUGAUGAGCAAACAGAAGUAGCCCUUGCUGGGCAACUGGGUGCUAGUGUAGAAUUGAAAGAUACCCAUACAAAUAUGGGGAAACUUGUACUUGAUCUGGAGCUGUCAAAUUCCUCAAUAUACACCUUCAACGUUCAGGUCCCAACACUCAUUGAAGAGGAUGGGCUAUACAACAUCAUUGGUGUGGCUACAUUCUUUGUUGGUUCCUCCUCGCAACCUGAACGACGGUAUGACGUCGCAAACUCUCUUGCAAGAGAAAGAAGCAACCAAUACAUGGUGUAUUCCGAUCCACCAAUCAUCUCGAAAGUAGAGCCACAAGCCUACAUUAUCGCGUAUCUGUUGAUAGGAAUUUCGGCUGCAAUUCUAGUCACCAUGAUCACGCUUACUCUCAAAUACUACGAUUCGCAAGUGAUGCAAAUUUGUCAGGUUCCUUUUUUACUGACGUAUCAAGUAGCGGCGUUAAUGGCAGUUCUUAGUUCCAUAUUGAUGGAGGCAAAAAGCGACGUUUACUGCAACUGGUCACUUCCACUGAUAAUGAUACCUGUCCAUGUGCACAAUGCUAUCACACUCGGCAGACUAUAUCGCAUCCAUACGGUCGUGUCUCCUUUGCUCUCGGAUCAUUUUACGCGAGCCAGUGUCCAGAGGUUUCCAAUCCGCCUCCAAAUGAAGGUUUUAUCUCUUUGUCUCCACGGCAAAUGGCAAGAUGGCGACGAUUCGAAACAAAUUCGACGGACUAUUGCUAGGCUCGUGAUCCAACCUUUUGAGUUGGCUUUUGAGUAUGAACGGGACUAUUCAAUCGGACGACCUCUUUGUACGGCAGAAAUAUUGAAUCAGCAAGAGAAUAUUCAUGAAAGUCUCGCAGUCUACUCCUUGAUCUGGCUUGGAUUCCUAGGUCUGACGGUACUUGGAAUGGCUUAUGUGUCUCGAGGAUUGCCAAGUAUUUUGAAUGAGUCACAAGCCAUUUUUUCAUCAGUUAUAUACUCACUUCUGGCAAGUCUCAUUAUUGGUAUCGCUCUGUACAUGACACGAACACCUGAUGCAUCACCUGGCCUACGGUUCGUGAUGUUUGUUGCCCUUGUCAUUGUGACAGUGAUGGUUCCAACGCUUCGCAUUGUCGGACCAAAGUUGAUAUUGGCACAUGCAGGGAUGAAGAUCAUGUUACACCAGAUGAUUUCAGAACACAACAACCAGCACAAACCAAACGCCAUGCGAUCUAGCUCACGACAAUCCAAUCAUGUUCAUAUCAGCGGGACCAGUUUAACCAAUCCAAUCGGAAUUCCUCAGUCCCAAGGUACACAAGGCAACACAACUCGCGCUCCUACGGAGACAUUAAAAGAAGCACACGGUGAUGACGAAACCAAAGAAAGCCAGAGUAAAAAUGAGAAUAGUGCGAAUUCGGAGGACAAAUCAAAAAGAUUGGGCUCGUUACAAGCGGGAAUGGAUGGGCAAAAUGAGCAAGUGCUUCAAGACUUUGAGAGCCACGUGGAUGAAGAUAGUGCUGUCUUCAUUCCGGCUGGAAAUGCCCCACCCAACGAAAUCCUUGGAAAGGUGGUGGAAUUGCAAAGAAGAUUGGACAAAAUAACAAAAAGGAUAGCCUAUGGAAUUGCUGUCCCACCCGAAGAUUGGAGGCUGCUAUCGACAUUGACUGGGAAUUUGGGAUCGACACUGGCUAACGCCAAGUUUGAAGAAGAAGAAAAAUGCGAAACCAAUAAUGCAUAA